GAUUUGGAAUGUAUUGUUUGGACAUUUUCUUUUUAUUUACAUUUCAUUGCUAUGAUGGGAGAGCCAGGAAUUAUUAGAAAACUAAGCGAAGAAGUUGUAAAUCGCAUUGCUGCCGGUGAAAUCGUACAAAGACCAGCAAAUGCUCUAAAAGAAUUAAUAGAAAACAGUUUAGACGCUAAGUCCACCAAUAUAAUAAUAACAGUAAAAGCAGGUGGUCUCAAGUACUUACAGAUCCAAGACAAUGGCACAGGAAUAAGACAUGAAGAUUUCGAGAUCGUUUGUGAGAGGUUUACCACGUCCAAAUUGGAGCAAUACGAAGACUUGAGGGAGAUCAGUACGUAUGGGUUCCGAGGCGAAGCAUUGGCAAGCAUCAGCCAUAUCGCACAUCUUACUAUUCUCAGUAAAACUGCAGCUGGGAAAUGUGCAUACAAAGCAUCAUAUGAAAACGGAAAGCUAAAGGGCCCAACAAAAGCUUGUGCUGGCAAUAAUGGGACACAAAUCACUGUGGAGGAUCUUUUCUACAACGUGAUAGCUCGUAAAAAAGCCCUUAGGAGCCCUACCGAAGAAUACGCCCAUAUAAUGGAAGUAGUAGGCGGAUACGCAAUACAUAAUAGUCAUGUUGGGUUUACGUUGAAAAAGUUUGGAGAGACAACUGAUCUGAAAACACCUAUAAAGUCAACUGUUGUUGAUAAUGUUCGAAUUAUACAUGGCAAUGCAAUAGCCAGGGAGUUAAUGGAGAUUCAUCUUGAAGACCCUCAGCUGAAACUGGUACUACAUGGGCACAUCACAAAUGUGAACUAUUCGCACAAAAAGGGCACAAUGCUGCUUUUCAUUAACCACAGGCUAGUCGAUUCAGUAGCUAUACGAAAAGCAGUAGAGUCUGUAUACUCAACAUAUCUUCCAAAAAAUGCUCAUUCCUUUGUAUAUCUUAGUUUGCAACUGGAUCCAAGAAAUGUUGACGUAAAUGUGCAUCCUACUAAACAUGAAGUGCAGUUUUUGUACGAAGAACAGAUCAUUGAGAAAAUUAAAUCGUGCAUUGAAAGCAAACUGCUCAGUUGUAACUCUACAAGGGUCAUGUACACACAGGCCCGCUUACCUGGCGCAACUGCUGUUGAAGAAAUAGUGAAAAAAACCACUGAAGGGGCCAAAGUAUACGCCAAUAAUAUGGUGCGAGUAAACCCUGAUGUUCAGAAAAUAAACAAGUUCUUCCCAACAAUCGUUAAAGAACCUGAAAACAGAGAAAAAGUUGAUGUAACAGACAAAAAUGUUGAGAAUAGAGUCCAAAAUAAUGAGAAAAUUGAAGACGAAGACUUGUUCGAAGAAGACGUCUCAAUGGCUGAAGAAAUACCCAACUUAAGUAAAGAAAUACCUAAUAUAGUGAUAGAUGAAGCAAAUGAGGAUGUAUUAGAAAGUUCAAUAGUAAAUGAACCUAGUGAAGCUGUAAAAAAGAUGCCAGAUAGAUGGAAAGCACAUACAGCUGCUGACCAAGCGAACGCUACGUACAUAGACCCUAAGGAGUCUUUCAAAACUAGAACUUUUAAAUAUGAACGUAUAGAAACCAAGUUAAGCAGUGUGAAGCAACUAAGAAUAGACGUUGAGAACAAAUGUAAUACGAAUUUAAGAGAGAUUCUGGCGAAUUUAAUUUUUAUAGCCUGCAUCGAUUGCCACAAGUCCCUGAUUCAACACUCGACUAAGUUGUACUUGUGCGAUACUACGAGAUUAACGGAGGAAUUAUUCUAUGAAACAAUGCUGUACGACUUUCAGAACUUCGGUUUGAUAAAGAUGUCGAAUCCACUGCCACUAGAAGAGUUGAUUGUUCUCGGACUGAGUUCACAGGAAAAUGAAUGGGAUCCUGAUUUAGGUGAUAUGCGUGAAAUGGCGCGACAAAUGACGGAACUUCUACUGAGCAAAAGAGCGAUGUUAUACGAGUACUUCUCAUUAGAAAUGAAUGAACAUGGAGACUUAUUGGCCUUACCUUUGCUUUUAGAUAACCACACACCAUUCAUGGGCGCGCUACCGACCUAUCUAGUCCGACUCGUGACUGAAGUUAAUUGGGAAUCAGAAAAGGAUUGCUUCGAUACCUUCAGCCGACAGACCGCCAUUUUUUACUCCCAACCCAAUCCAGACACGAACUUAGAAGCCCGGAAUUCUGAAUUCUGGAAGCAGGAACACGUGAUCUUUCCCGCUAUUAGAAGAAAUUUUCUACCACCAACUAGUUUUGUGAACAACGGCGCUAUAUUGCAAAUAGCAAACCUGAAUGAUCUGUACAAAGUAUUCGAAAGGUGUUAGUUUGUGAAGAAAAGUGUAAAGUGAUAUUGAAAUUGUUAAAAAUGUUAAGUUUAAUGUAAUAUGAAAUUAAAAAGACUGUUACGUUUUAAGUUAAAAGAUACGGUG